AUGGCAGCCAUGGUAGAUGUCCGCCCGUUCCAUCGGGAUGGGGCUGCCCUCGAAGCCAUCUCAGACGCGGUCGACACAGUCAACAUCCUCAAACACAUGCCCACCACGGCCGAACCCGCGUUCGACGCAGCCUCCACCUUCGACACCGACAAAGACAAGUCCACCUUCCGCCAAUACGCCGACGCCUGCGACCGCGUCAAGCACUUCUACGCCGAACAACACGCCAAGCAGACCGUCGCGCACAACCUGGCCGCGCGCGCGCACUUCCACUCCCCUUCCCGCAAGCGGCCCGAGCUGGGCAUCUGGGAGGCCAUGGAGAAGCUCAACACGCUCGUCGACGACAGCGACCCGGACACGUCGCUCAGCCAGAUCCAGCACCUGCUGCAGAGCGCCGAGGCGAUCCGCCGCGACGGCAAGCCCCGCUGGAUGCAGCUGACGGGGCUGAUUCAUGACUUGGGCAAGCUGAUGCUGUUUUUUGAGGGUUGUUGUGACGGGCAGUGGGAUGUGGUCGGGGAUACCUUCCCCGUGGGGUGUCGCUUUGAUGAGCGCUGUAUCUACCCGGAGUUGUUUGCCGCCAACCCGGAUGCUGGCCAUGAGGUCUACUCGACUCGUUAUGGGAUUUACCAGCCUGGGUGUGGUGUCAAUGAGUUGAUGAUGAGCUGGGGCCAUGACGAGUACCUGUACCUGGUGCUGCGGGACCAGAGCACCCUGCCGCGCGAGGCCCUCGCCAUGGUGCGCUUUCAUUCGUUUUACCCCUGGCACAAGGAGGGCGCCUACACCGAGUUCAUGGCCGACGGCGAUGAGGCGCUGCUGAGUGCCGUGCGUGCUUUCAACCCUUAUGAUUUGUAUAGCAAGUCGGACGAUGUGCCCAAGGUGGACGAGCUGAAGCCGUAUUAUUUGGAACUGAUUGAUGAGUUCUUUCCUCAAAAGGUCAUCAAAUGGUAA